AUGGAUGCGUCCCCUCCUACAGCGUUCCGCAUCAAGGAUCUACCUCCUGAGAUCUUCAAACUGGUACUGGAGAACUUGGAGAAGUCCGCCCUUGUAGCCACCAGAUCUACCUGCAAGCAGUUCAAGGAAGAAACCGACGAUCGCUUUUACAUUACUUUCCUCGCCGAAAUCGAGUCCAAUCUCACGCAGAGGAAGCUGGAGAGCUUGCUCUGGCUUUCUCAGCAGUCUCGCCCUGCCCGCCACGUCAAGUCUUUGUUAUUUUCAAUCGACGACGACUAUACUGCUCGUCCUCACCAUCGACUCAUCAACAGAAUCAUCAACAACCUCGGCCUCUUCAGCAGCUCAGUCACUCUCGGUGUUGCAUCGCAGCAGUGGAAUCAUCCCGCCUUCUUGGCUCACUGCACAGACAUGGCAGACUUCCUAACGUUCUAUCUUGUCCCCUUGAGAGAUGUCGUUAACGUGGGCACCUGGAAGAUUGUGGUCAGGACACAUGAUCUCAGCCGCGCCGACUGGAGCCUGGAAGACUGUUUCGGCGAAAUCGGUGAUUUCAUGGACUGCGUGGUGGACGGGGAUGUCACCCUUGCACAAGACACCGCACUCGAGAUACACGACGGCGCCGGAGACCCCGUUCGCCACGUCCAGGUGACCAACCAUGCUACCAGGCAUGCGACUCUCAAAAACUUUAUGUGCGAAACGCUCGACAACAACAACAGAACCUGCUCACUGGAUGAUGCCGGCUUUACCGACUCUUGGAAGCCCAAGACUCUCACCAUCAAAGAUUCUGUCUUCUUGCAAGGGACCUUGCGUCGUUCAGUCAACAAGAAUCCCAUUUUAAGACACCUAAUUCUUGAGAAUGUCUGUAUCAGACGCUGGUUUGACCAAUCUCAAUAUGUUAUCGAGCCUGCAGAUUGGAUUGAGACCUUGCAGAUGCUUCAGCUCGGUCACCUCGAAUCCUGCCGCCUGGUCAAUCUGCGCGACGGCAAUGAUGACUUCUUCGUCGAAGGUGUUUGGGAGUUCACUGCCACGCCUUACUGCAGUGCACAAAUAUGUCAAACUGUCUGUUCUCUGUUGAUGAUGAGUGAAAGCAAGGAACUAGCAGCAUUGACUGUCUCCUCAUCAUACCCAGUCGCCGCUAUGGAACACUACAGCCGCGCCGCACGCAUGGCUCGCUCUUCUUCUGCGAACCGCUCCCAAGAUGGUCCUGGAGGAGGUAUCUUCGCCUACCUCAACUCGCGCCGCACCCCUGAAGUCGCUCAGAUGGCCUUGAAGCUAGGCCCAGAUUCGAGUCUGGUGUCCCUGCCCACGGAACUGCUUGAGAUGAUUAUUGCUCUUGUAGCCGAGGACGAGAAGAGUCUUCCAAGCGUGAGACUCGUCUGCAAGCUGUUCAAGAACUUGAGCAAAGACUACUUCCACUGCGCUUUCCUCACCCACCUUCACGUUGCACCAACCCGCAGAGCAUUUGGCAGACUGCUGUCGACUGCACGAAACCCCGAGCUCAGCACUUCUGUCCAAGCCAUCACUGUUCUCUACGACAACGAAAAUUUCGCUGACUCGGGUGCUUUGUGCUCUGGUAUGCACGAAAGGGGCAAAGUCGAUUUCUUCCUCGAAACCCUUGAGUACUUCCAUCGAAUCGGUAAAGAAGUCGACCUCAACGUUACAGUCGCCAAUCCUCCUCUCGAUGCAGGUUCCUCGGUCAUUCGCAUUCUGUACCGCGUCCUUGGAUAUGUGCUCUAUGGCUACCCCGUUUACGGCCCUCCUGGUGUACGAACUAUCACUAUGCACAUCGACGAUACCUCAAGCGCCGCUUAUCCCAUCUUAACCGACCCUUCCGAAGCACGCGAGCUCGCUGUAUGUUAUAGCGCCGCAUUCCAAGAUAUUUGGGUGCGCAUGGCCGAAAUUCAAGCUCUAUUGGAGGUCAAAGUCAGAUUCAGCAAGAAAGGUGAAGAGACGCAGCCACCUCGUGAGCUGAUAAUUCAACAUAAGGAAGGAUUCAUGCAUAUCGGCAUGUACAACCUCGCAACCUGGCACUUUGACAUCAUGGGCCGCAUGACUAUUUUCAGCGAGAUUUACCUCCUUGACAUCCAGAACUGCGCACUCGACAUCAGAAGAGUGUGGGAUUGGUUCCACGAACACGCUAGAAUGCAGCACCUGGUCCUCAGAAACGUCAGUGUUCACGACAUUAGCAGACUCUACAAUCCGCCACGGCUUUCUGCGAGGCCCAUGGAGUGGAAUGAAUUCAUGAACGAACUAGCUGGUUCCACCAACCUGCAGUCAUUCUGGGCAGAACACUUGAUCGACCAUGAUGGCUCGAUUCUCUACACUGAGCCCUGGCACAUCCAAGCAACUCCAAAUGCUUCGGUCUCUGAUGGCAUCUGGACUCAAUGGCCUUGA